CCCACUCUCCCAGUCUCGGCGCACAGCGAGGAGCAGGCAAGAGGGUCAGGAACAGAGACAACCAUCGCAACACCCGUACACCAUUGCCUCCCUCAACACAACACAAAAACCCUGACAAGCAAUACACGAACGACAGCGAGCUGCAUCUAGAUAAUUUGAUUGAACUAAGUAAGCUGUAAAGUUGUUGUUAUUUUUUUUACAAAGGAACGCAGAACAAAUAAAUAGGUCCUGUAGAUACGAUUAAUAGUAAAUAUCACAAACUUUGGACUGUUUUUGCAACAACUAAAUACUGUACCACCGCGAAACUUUAAAUGCAACGCUGCAAAUAGAAGGUCUGCGUUCAAAUUAGUACAACCCACGUGCUUCGAGAAGCCUAGUUUUUUUUUAUAAAUUAGUAUUAUUACAAUUGUAGUGACUAAAGCCGAUCAUUUUGACGCCUCUGCUCGGUGGACUCUCUCGGAAUCGCGAAGGGAACGAAGCAAAGGAACGACUUCACGUCUCUCGUUCAAGCCGCGGCUCCUUGAAUCUGUUUCUUUUUUUGUUUGACGACCUCGUUCUGCGCCCCAGCACCUCGCUUCAGAAGGAGCUCUGCUGUGAACUAUCAACAUCUGUGACUCAAAGCCUCUCUCGAGAUGGGAACGCUGUGCCCGUGCUCGCUGCUGCUGCUGCUGCUGCUGGUGGCCUCAUUCGCAGCGACAGCUCUCGCUCAGCAGCCAGAUCCUCCGCUCACAUACAUGCCUUGCUCUGAAGGGUAUGAACUCGACUCCGACAUGACCACUUGCAAAGACAUUAACGAGUGCGACACCAUCCCGGACGCGUGCAAGGGCGACAUGAAGUGCGUGAACCACUACGGGGGCUACCUCUGCCUGCCGCGCUCCGCCACCUUCGUGGUCACCAACAGCUUCGGCGGCUCCGGUGGCAGCAGCGCCGGUGGCAGCAGCGCCGGUAGCAGCAGCCAGCCUGCCGCCCGUGAGACCUCGUCCCAGGUGGCGCCGCCGUUGCCGGGCGUCCGUCAGCCCGGAGGAGGAGGAGGGGGAGGAGGAGGGGGAGCGGCCGUUCGUCUCGGAGCGUCGCCGCCGAAUCGCGGCCCCCAGCCGCCCGUGCCCGGCCACCGCGUAGCGGCGUCCAACCCGGGCGCGGGCAGCGCGGGCGGCGUGGGGCUACCCUCCUGCCCGCUGGGCUACACGCGGGACACCAGGAGCCAGUGCGUGGACGUGGAUGAGUGCGCGACCAGCACACACCGCUGUCGGCCCAACCAGGUUUGCACCAACGCGCCCGGCAGCUACACGUGCCGCUGCCCGGAGGGAUACCAGAUGGUGGCGGGCCAGUGCGUGGAUAUUGACGAGUGCCGCUACGGGAUGUGCGCCCAGGCCUGUGUGAACACGCAGGGCUCCUACACGUGCCAGUGCAGCCCGGGCUACGUGCUCUCCUCCAACAACCGCUCCUGCGAGGAUGUGGAUGAGUGUGUGGAGGGCAGCCCGUGCAGCCAGCUCUGCUUCAACACCUACGGCUCUUUCCUUUGUCGCUGCUCCCCUGGCUUUGUGUUAAACGGCGACGGAUUAACCUGCAAAGAUGUGGACGAAUGCAGCUACUCCGACUACCUGUGCCAGUACCGCUGCAACAACGACGCGGGCUCCUACUCCUGCAGCUGCCCCGGCGGGUACCAGCUUCAGACGGACAACGGGAGUUGCCGCGAUGUCGAUGAGUGCGCGACGAACUCGCACAACUGCACGGAGCGUGAGAACUGCUACAACGUCUUCGGUGGCUACAAGUGCCUGGAGAAGGUGCAGUGCGAGGAGCCGUACACGCAGGCUGGCGAGGACCGUUGCGUGUGCCCCAGCGAGAAGAACACGUGCAUCAACAAGCCGUACACCGUCCUCUACAAGCACAUGCACCUGCGGUCGGAGCGCUCUGUGCCCACCGACAUCUUCCAGAUGCAGGCCACGACGCGCUACCCCGGCGCCUACUACACCUUCUUCAUUCGCGCCGGCAACGACCAGAGGGAGUUCUUCAUGAGGCCCCUGGGCCCAGCGAGCGCCAUGCUGGUGCUGGUCAAGCAGCUGCAGGGCCCACGGGAGGUCGUGCUGGACCUGGAGAUGAUCACCGUCAACCCGGCGCUCAACUACCACGGCACCUCCGUCAUCCAGCUCAAGAUAUUCGUGUCGGAACACAACUUCUGAACGCCGCGUUUCGCGCCGGCGAGCGCGUAAAAAAAAGAUUUAUAUUGUUCCUCCGCGGAUUUAACAAUCAGCAAGAUUCGCAUAAAACGAUUAGUUAUUUUGGUUCUGGGGAAUACACCGACAAUUCAUGUAGUUUUUGGGGUUUAUUAUUUUUUCACCAACAAAUCCAUUGUUGCUUUUUUAAAAUGUUUAGUUUCUCAUGCGCCUCCUUCUCAAAUGCAUGCUGUAGAGACUCGCUUGUGUCCAGAGUUAUUAAAUAUAAUUUCGAAGCUUAUAGAAUAUGGAACGUGUUAAUGUGUGCGCAACAACUGACGCAGGACAUCGGUUCACUGAAUUAUCAAGGGUUUACAGAGCGCGUCGCUGCUAACGGUUCAAGGGGCAGCACACUGAACUCACAAUCCAGACUUUUCCAGUUCCACUUAAUUUCCCGGUGCAGCAGUUAAGACAAUGGGACCGCGUCUAAAUCUCCACCUCCGUCCACCCAGCCACGUGCACGCCGCUGUCAGUCGAUCGGCAGGCCGCGUGCGGUAGGGUCGAAGCGCGGCUACUCCCACCUCUUCCGAGACUUCUGGCCAGUGCGGAAGAGUAGGCCAAAUACCCUCGAUGGAUGCUCCCUUUAUUGGAGGCCCCAUCUUCACAGCAGUGGUGCGAGCGAUAAAUUACCGCGCUGCGCUUUUACUGUCGUCUACCGCAGUACAAUACAAUGUAGCUUAACAGAUGCAAAAACUUGCAUUCUCAUCAGAUGCCCCGAUCAUUCUUAUGUCCAUCUUCUAUCAGUGUUGAGCAUUUCACCUGCAGAACAGGCAGGAUGGAUGUACAGGGGUUCAAAGGCUCUUUAUUUUUGCCGCCAGGGAGAAAUUAAAAGAAAACUAGCGCAUUGCAGUCGAAGCUAUCACAAUUGACGACUGCACGAUUUUAAACUGCAUGCGUAUUAUACAUACACGAUUUAUUUGGUAUAAAAUGCAUUGGUUGAUAGGCCUUCGAGAUCAAAUAUUUCUCAACGACACAUAUAGAACAGAGGAGAAAUGCAACAAUGUACUCUGGAUGAUACUGUAUAUAGAGGUAACCCCCCGUUUAGCCUUUCGAUUUUUUGAUCAUCAUCACGAUCCAUAGGCAGGUAGCCGGUAGUGGUUGUCCACAUUUGUUUCCACUUUCCUGUCUUGUGCCAAUAUGCUCUGAAUGUCAUGAAGCUAUUAUCUGUUAGGCAUUACAUCUGGCACAACACACGCACACGAGAGGGCGGUGCGAGUGAGCGAGCACGCGGCCAGCACCAGAGCAGAUGUCUAUACACGGUGCCAGGUACUCAUUCUAGGGUUGACGUGACACGACCACGCAUAGAUAAUAAGUUCAGCAGAUCUGGCAGCAGCCUCCAUCCAGAGACUGUCGUUGACCAAGGACAAUGGGGAUUGCAAGUUGCCGCUUCACAGCCCUGUCAAUGAGUUUUAUGUUCACCAACAAUAAACAGGUUUUUAAAUCGGUUUACCACGUAGGCUUUCGCGACCAAUAUUAUUAUCCAUAAUAGUUUUUUUGGGGGGUGAGAUCGCGUAGACAUAAAUGUGUCGUUAAACCCGCCACCAACCGACACAGACAAUUCGUAAGGUUUGUCACGCACAUCGGUGUGUUGGAGAGUAAAUCCACAAUUGUAAAUAUUGUCGAUUUACUCUCCAACACACCGGUGUGCUCUAUUAGUAACGAAUUGGCACGUUUUGUUUAAGUGACAAACCUUACUUAUUGGCUGUGUCGGUUGGUGGCGGGUUUAACGACACAUUUAUAUUUAAAUGAUUUGAAUAAAUAUAUCUGAUACGAAGCAUCAUCAUCAAUUCUCAUCGUUAUAAUUAGCCCUUGUCUAUCCACUGGUGGAUUGAUGACUCCCGACACCAUCGCCAUCCCUCACGAUCUUGUUAGUCCACAAUCCACCUCAUUGCACGUGAGCUGAAACUGACGUAAAAACAAUAAUGAAUGAUCCUUAGAGUUGACAUUAUUUCCAUAUUAGGUGCCAAUUAUUCUUGUCAUGUACUCGGUAUUGUAUCCAGCAAGAUACUCUACCAAGUGAUCUUCUCAAUAGCAAAUAAAUAUUCUCAUUACCAAAUAACCACGCCUUUUGGCGUCCUCUGGUCUGACACCGUUUGAGACGAGGCUCAAAAGAAUGCUGUCUCUGGUGUGGACCAAUCAGUUUCAAAGACAAUGCAUAUAUUAUCAGAGUAUGUUUUUUGUUUGCAUUCUGACCACAAGCAUUGUGGUUAAUACAGACAUGAUUCCUUGUAAAAAAAGGUUUCAGUUUGGUGUUUUAACAUCUUAACACCUGUUUUGUUGCCAGAAAAAAGGGGAAAAACCUAUUAUCAUACCAAAUAACUGGUUCAGCAAAAUGGUUGGCAUGAGUGGUGUAUAAUCAGGGAGGGCUAUUCAAUAUCGGUAAUCAGUUAAUAUAAUUUUGCAUGCUUCACGUGUACUUUUAAAAUGUAUUGUAAUGCUAUAAUUCAUGCGCGGUACAAAGUGCAACGUUGAAAAAAUUGUGUUUUACAAUAAGUUAGCUGCCUUGCAUUGCUCAUUUGCUAUGCAAUUGAAUGUAGAGGAUUUCUUUUGUACGAAAUUUAAUGUACGCUUGCAUGUGCUACAAAAUACUUUGCUGCAAGUUUACGUGCGAUAGAAAACAAAAAAAAUCUACUGUUACAUAAUGGAAGCUUGUGUUGUGAAUUUCAAUAAAUAAAGCAUUUCAAUAUCAAACA